AUGGCCAUUGAGUACAUGGGCUUCGUCGAAUCGGCCCCAGUCAGUUUCAAGAUUGGGCCAGCCAAAAAGAAGUGCUAUAUUCACAAUGCGCUUCUCGAGCAACAUUUCAAACCACUCUGGGAUUUUCGUAACAAUGCCAAUCGUGAAGAGCAAACUGAGGUGCUUAGUAACAUUGAAGAAGAGACUUUCGUGCGCUUUGUUGAAUUUGCGUACACUGGCAGUUAUUCUGUUCCACAACCUGUACCAUUCCUUGCCAUGAAUGGAUCCGAGAGCCUUAAGGUCUCUGAGAAUCGAGAGCCCUCCAAGGAUUUCGAGCUUGACUCCGAGGAAGCUGGGAUUGUACCACCUCCCGAAGACGUUUCUUUAGGGGAUAUGGUGGAAGAACCGCCCUAUGAGGAGUCACCUGCAGCAGCUAUCGACUCAGCUGUUGACCAACAAUGGGGUACAUGGGGUGUGAAGAAGAAAAAGAAGCUGCGAAAACAGCCUCCAAAAUUUGAUCCGUGGCAAGAGCCGUCAACAGAGCCAGUUCUAGAUGAUGGGCCAGCUGCCGAAGAUGCUCCUGAAGAAUUUGACUUACAGCAGUUUGAACGAGAUUCAGGUCCAUACCGUGAGAAUGGUGCUGUUAAAGACCGGCAGAACAAGAAGGCGACCUUGUGGAAGUCAUUCAUAUGCGAAGCUAAAACCAGAGUACUUCCACCUUGGGAGCCUGCGGUCUCAACUGACGACAACCUGGAUUUUGCGCCUGUCCUUCUGUCGCAUGCAAAGCUCUAUGCCUUUUCAAAUCAGUUUGAGAUUGAAAGUCUGCGACAGCUUGCUCUUGAGAGGCUUCGCCUGACCUUGGCACGGUUUGGCCUGGUUGUGGAACAUAUAAAUGCCAUUACUCAGCUUCUGAAGUAUGCAUACACUGUCGGAGAUGCCAUUAUCAGUGCCUCAGAAGGUGGUCAUGCUGAACUUCGAGAGAUGGUCAUUGAUUAUGUGAUCUGUCACGUGGAGAGCCUUGUUCAAGAUCAAAUGUUCUUGGACUUUCUUCAGGAGCCAGGCUUGUUGUCUAGGGAUCUUGUGCUCAAGUUACUCUUGCGCUUGAAUUGA